GCAGCUUUACAGUUUGUUUUUACCCUCACUGUAAACGAUGGCAGAGGAAGAAGCUGGUGUUUUCGUCAACCAGGAGCAGUUCAGCUGUCCCAUCUGUAUGGACCUUCUGCGGGACCCCGUGACCAUUCCUUGUGGACACAACUACUGUAUGGAGUGCAUCAAGAGCUACUGGGAGCAGAAGAGCCAGAAGAAGUUGUGCAGCUGUCCAGAGUGCAGACAGACCUUCUCCCCGAGACCGGCGCUCAACAAAAACACCCUGUUUGCUGAAGUUGUUGAGAAGCUGAGACAGACUGGAACGCGUUCAUCCACCAUCCCUGCAGCUGAGACCGAUGAGGUCAUUGGAAAAGAAAAGCAGGACCUCGUCAUGUUCUGUCAGCAAGAGCUUAAGCAGUCACAGAGGAGAUGCCAGCAGGUCAUAAAGGAGCGCGAGACAGAGCUACGGGAUCUGAGUCACGCCGUC